GAAGUAAUCUUUUCUCUCCUUCAUUCUCCUUUUUCUUCCCACUCACUCUCCAUAAUCAAACAAAAGAAAAUGAAACCACACGACGUCGUGUUCCAUUUCUCAUAUCAAACUUAAAUUCAAAUUGCUCUACCCGCGUUCACCAUUCGCAGUUCGCACUUCAGAUUCAUAUUCUCUCAACAAAAGGAAAAAAAAAGAAGAAGAUUCAUCUUCUUCCCAACGCAAGCCCCAACUCAAAAUCCUAAAAAUUUCCCAAUUUCAAACCCUAAAAAUCUCCUCAAAUGUCAUCUCCGAUAACAUAUCCAGUAAUCGCCGACGACAAGGAUCUCGACGAUGCCGCAUUAUGGGCGAUGAUCGACUCCGCCUCAGCUUCACAUUCUUCAUCCAAGCACAAACCGCUCGCAAUCAAGCACCACCACAACCGCCAAUCAUCUUCUCCAAUCACGAACCCCUCACCACCGCCUCCACCGUCAAAGUUCCCGAAGUACUCGCGUGAUUCCACCGAUAGUGGCGAAGUUGUUCAAGAACCUUGGCGUUAUGGACCUCCAAGGAAGGUCGCGAGAAUCUGCGAUUCGAGUUCCUGUGAAACGAGUCCUCUAGCUAUAGUUCAAACUGCGCAGAAGACGCCCACGGCAAUGGUUUAUUCGUCACCCGAGAUCGGAAAGGUUAAUGAGGCAUCGCCGCGGUGCUUUGGGAGGAAUCAUGAAGAGAAAGACAACGGUAUGAGGCAUAGCUUGUCUGGAAUGUUUCCUACGGUUUCUUUGUUUAAGGAGUAUCAAAAUGCAGCUAUGGCGAUUUUGGAGAAAAGUGAUUACACUUUGAUUUCGGGGAAUCCUUACAUUAAAAAGACAGGUUGGAGAAAGAUUUCUUGUUACUUCAACAUUUCUUAUGAAAUUAGAGACAAGAAUAUUGAGUUCGAUGGGGAUCGCAAUGUUCAGCGAGCUGAGUUUGUCAUUCGUGCACACAUGCAGGGUGGCAGAUUCUCAGAUGGAUGGGGCUCUUGUGAUCGUCGUGAAAAGAGAUUUCAGAAACCAAAUCAUGAUGUACCAAGCACAGCAGAAACUAGAGCCAAAAAUAAAGCUUGUCAAGACCUACUAGGAAUUGGGGAAUAUCGACCGGGUGCAACUAGUCAGCUUCGGUGAUAUGAUUAUUAAAGAUUUUUGUAACAAUUUAACAUGCCCUAGUAUUUGUUGAGUGUAAAGUUAACAAAAAAAUAAGUUGUAUAAAAAAUGAAUUUUUCUUGUUAACAAAAAAUAAGUUGUAUAAAAAAUGAUUUUUUCUUGUUUC